CGGAAACCCGCAGAUAAGAUAAUUUAUUCAAAUAUUCUCUGUAAUAACUAUCAACGUUUUAAUAUGUGACUAUCUGUAUAUUUUUUGGAUAAACAUUACACUUUUAAAACAAUUUCAUUGUGAGCAAACCCCUGUAGUCGAAUUUAAGUUUCGGGGUUGAAUUUUGUUUAUCGUAUUUCACUUCCGGGGUCAAAUUCGUGUUGAUGCUCGUUUUCGAGAAGCUCACAGCUAAAUACACAUGCUAGCCUAAUGGCCGAGUUAGACAUCGGAGAGCACUGUCUAAUCGAUUCUUGUCACCAACAAGAUUUCCUUCCAUUUGUUUGUGAUUCCUGCAAUGGAGUCUACUGCCUUGAACACAGAAGCAGAGAGGCUCACUCAUGUUCACAGGAGCCUGUGAGAAGGGAAGCCCAACCAGUGGGUGGCAGCACAAGUCAUCCAUGCUCCUUCGAGGACUGCAAGGGGAAAGAACUGCUUCCUGUCAUCUGUCCACAGUGUGAGAAACAUUUCUGUUUGGCCCACCGUCAUCAAGAUGAUCACAAGUGUGAGAAGCUGGAAGUCCAAAAGCCACGCAUGGUGGCCACUAAGGAGCUGGUGCAAAGGAUUGUGGAAUCAAAGGAUGGAUCCAAAAGCACAGGACGAAAAGGGGCAAAGAGCAGCGCCACAGCAGCCAAGGUCGCUCUGAUGAAACUGAAGCUUCAUGCUGCAGGAGACAAGAGUUUACCACAGACCGAAAGAACCUACUUUGAAGUGUAUCUGCCGAAAGGGUGUCAUGCGACCAGUCAGCCCAUGUUCUUCUGCUCCAAAUGGAGCGUGGGGAAGGUGGUGGAUUACGCCGCCUCGCUCGCUUCCCUCAAGAACAACAACAAUGUGCUCGCAGCUAAGAAGUUACGCCUCUGCCAUCCCGAGACGGGGAAGCCUUUGCGUAUGGACGAGAGCCUGCACGCGCUACUGACCAGCCCCGAAGACCCCCUGCACAACGGGGGUAACGUGAUCCUUGAGUACCUGGACAACCACAGCACGGGGGUGGAGGACGUUUGCAACUAUAUUGCACUCAGAUGA